AUGGGCAGCUGCAGCUCUGUGGACGCAGGUAUGCCGGAGCUGUCGGUCGUGUGACUUCAGGUCAGCUAGUCUGGAACGGCUCACUGCAAAAGGGUGGAUGACCGUGAGGCAGCGAGGUCUUGAGCAAUGACGCCAGAGCGGUCAUGAUGGCUGCCCGCUACAAGAUCAACCUCUUGGUUCAAUUGUCGAGAAUGACGAGCUCGACCGCCUUCCGGCCAGUUGAACCCAGCAAUAACUUGCGCGUGAAUGUCCUUAUUAUAUAGGAGGCUUGCGUUGCAUCUGCCGAACUCACACGCCCCAGACUACCCUCUCUUUUCAGUGGCGAUACCAUAUUAAAAGUAUCGGAAGUAUGGGUGGGCGCGGUAGCUGACAAAACGAGGCAGCCCGUCUACGAGUACCAAACACGGACUGGUCCUUACUUCACUUUCAUUGGGAUUCGUUUAUGGGGCUCUCGGAUUUUGCAUCAUUGCGACUGGUAUUGCGGCCACAUUUGAGAGUAAACACUGAGGCUUUAGCCUCAGUUCUAAGUAGAACCGCGAUGUCCCAUACAUUGACCAUCCCUAUGUUUCAACAUGGUCUUGCAUGAAUGCUCACGUGACGCGUCCUUGGGGCUGUGCAGGCAGGAAAGGCAGUCUUGACGAAUGCGUGCUGGGGUCCCAGACACCGAAAUGGAUUUGCACAGGACUUAGUAGGCUAGCGCGUGAUUCGUAUGUGCGGUACCAUUGAAAACAAGUAGGAACUAUGUCCGAACUGUAGUUGCUGUCCUUGUUGUUGAUAUCGUUUUCGCGAUCAUUGUUGCUGUUAAUGAUGAUGAUGAUGGUGGUGGUGGUGGUGGUGGUGGUGGUGGUGGUGGUGGUGGUGGUGAUGAUGAUGAUGAUGAUGAUGAUGAUGAUGAUGAUGAUGAUGAUGAUGAUGAUGAUGAUGAUGAUGAUGAUGAUGAUGAUGAUGAUGAUGAUGAUGAUGAUGAUGAUGAUGAUGAUGAUGAUGGCAAUUGCAGAAAGGGCGCCCACAGCAAAGCUGGUGGUGGUGUUUUACGCUGUGAAACAUGGUUUCGUCGUGUCGAUAACACAUUGUGUUCGGCCAGUCCGUGCUUUGAAUGUCCGUUGAGAGCUUGGACAUGGCGGCAGGGGUUGGAUACAAACGCAACUAGUCAGCGUGGCUUAGGUUUGGUGGACCCCUGAUAUUUGAUUGACCAUGAAAACGAGUGUUCCGCUGUUUGCGGCAGUGCGCCAUUCCUGCUAAUUUUCCGCGAGACAUUUGCAAUUCCCACCGUUGAUUUAUGUGGACUUAAGAGAGGUAUUUUGAGUUUCUUUGUACCGUCCUUAAGGGCGCUAUGCAGCAAAGUCAGACGUAUUCGCCUCCGGAGGGGCCAACUGUCAACACAUAGAGGAGAGUUGUCAUGCCAGACUCUCGCCAACUGUCCAAUACUCGAACCCGCAGUAAUUGAGUAUAUUUUUUCACCUCGAAAGAGGUACAGUCAGUGAUCGGUCUCAUGAAAUGAGUUUUCGGUUUUCGGUCGCGCAAAGAUGUCGGUUUUAGAUUGAACUUCCUUCCUGCUGCCUGCAAAAACUGCAGUCGGCAAAAAACGGCUACUUAAGUGACGUAGGAUUUCUUCCACUGAUUUUCAAGCUCCCUGUAAAUUCAAAUAUAUUUUGUAGAAAACUCGCGCAUAAAGAUGCCUUCGUGCCGAUACACCAGACUAUCUUGCAUUUAUCCACUUGUUCACCAUUCUUGAACUUAUUGUUUGUUUAUCUGAUUGGAAGGAACUCGGCUCAACGCGACGUGCAAGACAUGUGUUGGACUGCCAGGUCGUUUGACAGUUAGUUAUUUAUUCUCCCAUAACUCCUGCCUUGCCCUGAUAUCAAUAACAUGGGAUUGACAACCGUGUCCUUCACGUUCACAACGCCUUCAUUCACUCAUUUGACAGCACGUUACGUCUUCUUCAAAUCGUUCAUUUAGAGAAAGGACAUAUUUUGGUUUUAAGAACGCUUUUCAAUUCCGGAAUAAUUUUUAGCUAGACCCGCUGUUGCAUUUGCGUUCGAUGCUUACAGCCUGUGCUGCACAAGCAGGCUGAGCAGGCACGGUGACUUGCGCGUGAUUUAGUUUACAGUGAACGUAGAUUUGCGCAGCAUCUGUCACACUCUCUCCGCCCCCCCCCCGCCUCCCCCCACCUGGACUCGGUGUCAAGACAUAGUUAAGAAGACCGGAGACGGUGGAGGGCGCAAGUGGAUGACACGGUCGAGCCCGCGCCUUGGCGCUCCAACCCACAUCCCCUUGUUCACACAACUAAUAACCCGGUUUUGACCAAGAACAAAGAAUGGAGGGUGGCACGGGCGAAGCUGCAUCUAGGCGUGCCGCCACAGCUGGCUCGGAUCCCACGGAGCUGGAGUUCCAUCAAGGCCGCAUUAGGAAGCAACCAUUGCAGCCUGACUCUCAGACCACCUGUUGGCCACUCCAGUCAAACACACAACACUGGGACGACUGCGAGGUUCAAGUUAUCCCGUCAGUUGGCAACCUUCUAAGCAACGGCUUUUAG